ACAGUUGAGUUGUCGAGUUGAUGAAAUGAAUAGGAAUCUUCUUUUAAUUGCGUCAAGAACAUUUCUUCCAAGGAAAAACUUUUAUCGCCAGUUUUCUCCUAUUACCAAUUAUACAAAUGUGUCGACCAUACAACGUACUUGUAUCAAUCGUCUCAGACCUGUUCCUUCAAUUGAAUGUUCACGAAAUUUCUUCGCAAGAUGGAUGUCGUCAGACAGCACAGACUCAAACACACCCUUAGGACAAUUAAAACAGUUAAUGGCAAUACAAUUUACUUGUAAAGUGUGUGAUAGAAGGACUUCUAAAACAUUUUCUAGGACUGCAUACACUAAAGGUGUUGUUAUCAUUAAGUGUGAGGGAUGUCAGAACAAUCACCUCAUUGCUGACAAUAUUGGCUGGUUCAAGCAUGUCAAAGGAAGAAAUAUAGAGGAAAUCUUGGCAGAAAAAGGAGAAGAGGUUAAAAGAUAUUUGGAAGAUGGAUCUCUGGAAAUUGAAAUGGACAACAAAAGUGAUUUGUCUGCUAAAAAUAAAACAUAAAAUCUUGAA